GGAAGCACUGUGCGCCCAUGGACGGAAGUGAGGUGAGGCGCGAGCCGCAACCUUUGAGGGAAAGAGGAAGUGCUCGAGCGUCGCAGGGCCGGAGGCGCGGGGAUAGGUAGAAGGAGCACCAUGUCCGCGGAAGUCCCCGAGGCAGCGUCGGCGGAGGAGCAAAAGGAAAUGGAAGAUAAAGUGACUAGUCCAGAGAAAGCUGAAGAAGCAAAGUUAAAGGCAAGGUAUCCUCACUUGGGACAAAAGCCUGGAGGGUCUGAUUUUUUAAGGAAAAGAUUGCAGAAAGGGCAAAAGUAUUUUGAUUCUGGGGACUACAACAUGGCAAAAGCAAAGAUGAAGAACAAGCAGCUUCCUGCUGCAGCCCCGGAUAAGACAGAGGUCACUGGUGACCACAUUCCCACUCCACAGGACCUCCCUCAGCGGAAACCGUCCCUGGUUGCUAGCAAGCUGGCUGGCUGAUUAAAGAGCUGAACUGCAUGAGUCCUCUAAUGUCCUUUAUUUCUCUGACUACGUUACUUGCCCACUUGUGUUCCCUUCACUCACUGUGUUUGAGACUGACAGCUUUGCGGGUAGUGGUAGUGUGUGCUACAGUUGUAAGGGAGCAUACAUGUGUAGAGGUUUGGAUUAGUUUCACAGCGCACUGAUGCAAAGGACAUGUAACAGCAACAUAAGUAAAUGACGUGACAAUAAUUGUACAUAUUACCUAGCUGGUGUAGGGCUGGCUCCAACAAGUAGCAAGCAAGUUUUACAGCUUUAAUGCUCUGGCUUUCUUUACUUUCUCAUGAUUACAGCUUUGUAUGUUACUCUUAUUUAAUAGGACCUCUGUUGUAUUGAUUUCUUCUGUAUCUUCCUUUUGAAUCUUGUAAGACAGAAGUUUAAGACCACAAGUUGGAAGACAAGUCACAUAAUCCAAACACAAGUAAAUGGGCUGCAAAAGAUUUGAGUAACUGCUUGGACUUGACGGCCUUAAACCUGCUGUUCCAGCUUUAACAAGAGCAUCUUACCUGGGCGAUAUUUGCCCGUUCUGGUGUGACUUGUGUGACUCCAAUGCUUACCAGCUGUCACUGAAACUAGUGCUCUUCCUCGUUCUGCAGUGUGUGGAGACAGCUUUCUUUGUUGAAGACGUGAAUGGGUGUGCAUGUGCACUGACUAUUGCAUUCACUUUUGUGCCAUUUUUGUAAAUACAAUAGUUUUGCACAACCUUU